AUGGCCGCCGAGGAUCACAUCAAAGGUAUCUGCGAAGAAGCGACUUGUCCCAUCUGCCUGGAGUAUUUCAAGGAUCCAGUGAUCUUUGCAGAGUGUGGGCACAAUUUCUGCCGAGGUUGCCUGACUUGGAGCUGGAGCCGGAGAGAGGCUUCCUGCCCUCUGUGUGAACAAACCAUUCAGCCGAGGAACAUUUUGCCAAACCCGAAGCUAGUAAGUAUUGUGGAAACAGCGAAGAAACUCAGUCUUGAAGACACAAGGGAGGCAGAAGCCAAGGAGAUUAUUUGCGAGAAACACCAGGCACGUCUGAACCUUUUCUGUCAAAACGAUCAAGUCCUCAUCUGUAUGGUCUGCGAUAAGGCCAAAGAGCACAAAGAUCAUGAGGUGAUCCCUGCUGAGGAGGCUGCCCAGGAGUAUAAGGAGAAGAUCUUCAAAUGCCUGGAGACGUUGAGGACUGAGAGAAAGAAAAUUCUGACAUAUUCAGCAGAUGCUGAAAAUGAAAGCCAAGAAAUGCUUAAAAUAACGGACUCAGAGAGGCAAAAGACAGUGGCUGAGUUCAGAAGACUACACCUGUUGCUGACUGAACAAGAAAACCGUCUACUGGCCCAGAUAGACGAGAUGGAGAAGGAGAUAGCCAGGAAAAGGGAUGAGCACCUGGCCAAACUCUCUGUGGAACUUUCCUAUCUUGAAAGUCUCAUCCAGGAGAUGGAGAAGAAGCGUCACCAGCCAGUGAGUGAACUCCUACAGGAUGUCAGAAGCACCCUGCAGAGAUACAAGAAGAAGGAGACGUUUGAGAAUCCAGAGGCUUUCCCUUCUGAGCUGAAAUGGAAACUCUGGGGCUACGGUGAUAUAGGUCCCUUCCUGCAGCGUCUCCUAAAGAAAUUCCCAGACGAUCUGGCUUCUGGGAUUCAGAUGCAAAAAGCAAAUGUGACUCUGGAUCCAACUGCAGCUCAUGCCAAACUCAUCCUGUCUGAGGAUCUGAGAAGCAUUAAAUGCCAAAGUAAAGCUCAAGACCCGCCUAAAUUCAUUGAGAAAGUUUACGGUUAUUACUAUGUUCUGGGCUGUGAGAGAUUCACAGCAGGCUGUCAUUUCUGGGAAGUCACUGUGGGAAGUGAGGGAGGCUGGACUGUGGGGGUGGCCAGAGAGUCUGUGAAGGGCACGUUCACUUUUACUCCUGAGGAGGGGAUGUGGGCUGUGGGGAGGAGAGGGGGCCAGUAUGAGGCUUUCAUCAAGGGCAUUUUCCCUCCCCUGAAACUCAGUGAGGAGCUCAAGAGGAUCCGAAUUUUUCUCAACUACCAUGGGGGGCAGGUGGCCUUUUUUGAUGCUGACAGAGCAGCCCUUCUCUACAGGUUCUCUGGAGCUUCCUUCUCUGGAGACUCCCUCCGUCCCUUCUUUGGUGUGUAUGAUAAAGGCUACCUCAGACUCUCUCCUUAAGGCAGU